GAGGGGCUGGACGACCCGCCGAAGGUUCCCGCCUUGGCCUCCGGGUCCAGGGUUGCACCCGGCCGGGUGGGUGGCCUGGCACAGUCGGGAGGUUUCUGUACGGGUCGUGCCUCCGGAGGGGAGAGGCGCGCCCACAGGUCGCUGAGCCAGACUCCUGUUUCUCCCCAAAGCGCACAGACUGCGAGCCUCAGGGGUGCUUGGGUGCUACGUGCCUCGUUAGCUAUGCCAGUGCGCGUGCAGCCCUCCUGGGGUCUUUCAGCUCCGGCGCUGGAAGAGCGGCCACUCCCCCCGCGGGGAAGGGUGCAUUCUCCGAGGCCAGCCUGGUCAGGUGACGGUGGCGGCGCGGCCUGGGCGGAGACGCGGAAGAAGGCGCCCUCGGCUCUCGGGCGGCUCUCGGGCGGCUCUCGGGCCUGGCGGGGGUCCAUGCUGCCGCCGGCGCUCCCGCUGCUGCUCCCGCUGCUGCUCCCGCUGCUGCCGCUGCCGCCCGCCCGCGGCGCCGCGCGCUUCGAGCCCACCUGGCGGUCCCUGGACGCGCGCCCGCUGCCCGCGUGGUUCGACCGCGCCAAGUUCGGCAUCUUCAUCCACUGGGGCGUGUUCUCCGUGCCCAGUUUCGGGAGCGAGUGGUUCUGGUGGUAUUGGCAAAAGGAAAAGAUACCGAAGUUUGUGAAUUUUAUGAAAGAUAAUUACCCUCCUGAUUUCAAAUAUGAAGAUUUUGGACCACUAUUUACAGCAAAAUUUUUUAACGCAAACCAGUGGGCAGAUAUUUUUCAGGCUUCUGGUGCCAAAUACAUUGUCUUAACUUCCAAACAUCAUGAAGGCUUCACCCUGUGGGGCUCAGAGUACUCGUGGAACUGGAAUGCCGUAGAUGAGGGGCCGAAGAGGGACAUCGUCAAGGAACUAGAGGUGGCCAUUAGGAACAGGACUGACCUGCAUUUUGGACUGUACUAUUCUCUUUUUGAAUGGUUUCAUCCACUCUUCCUGGAGGAUAAAUUCAGUUUGUUCCACAAGCGACAAUUUCCAGUUUCUAAGACCUUGCCUGAGCUCUACAAGAUAGUGAACAAGUAUCAGCCCGAGGUCCUGUGGGCGGAUGGUGACGGAGGGGCCCCGGAUGUCUACUGGAACAGCACCGGCUUCCUAGCCUGGCUGUAUAACGAAAGCCCCGUUCGGGACACAGUCGUCACCAACGACCGUUGGGGAGCUGGUACCAUCUGUAAGCAUGGUGGCUACUAUACCUGCAGUGACCGUUACAACCCGGGACAUCUUUUGCCACAUAAGUGGGAAAACUGCAUGACAAUAGACAAGUUUUCCUGGGGCUACAGGAGAGAUGCUGGGAUCCAUGACUACCUCACCAUUGAAGAAUUGGUGGAGCAACUUGUAGAAACAGUUGCAUGUGGAGGAAAUCUUUUGAUGAAUAUUGGGCCCACACAAGAUGGCACCAUUUCUGCAAUCUUUGAGGAGCGAUUAAGGCAAAUGGGGUCUUGGCUAAAAGUCAAUGGAGAAGCCAUUUAUGAGACCCACACUUGGAGAUCCCAGAAUGACACUGUCACCCCAGAUGUGUGGUACACAUCCAAGCCUACAGAAAAAUUGGUCUAUGCCAUGUUUCUCAAAUGGCCCACAUCAGGACAGCUGUUUCUUGGCCAACCCAAAGCUACUCCAGGGGCAACAGAGGUUAAACUGCUGGGACACGGCCAGCUGCUUAACUGGACUGCUCUGAAGGACAGCGGCAUCGUGGCAGAACUGCCGCCUCUGGCCCCUCAUCAGAUGCCCUGUGAAUGGGGCUGGGCUCUAGCACUGACCAACGUGCUCUAAUCUGCAGCAGAUGGUUUGUGCUGCAGUGCUGGCUAAGACUAGCAAAUGUCAAGUUUCUAGCAUUGUAGCACAAAGAGAAAGCCAAUGUAAAAUUGGUCAAGAAAAGUCAAGUAAUUAGUUAGGCAGUUUAGCCCUUUUUCCCUAAAUUACCCCUGUAACUGUUUUAACUUUGCAGUUGCAGUGCACUUUGCCGUUGAAAGCUCUUCACAUUGAAUUUAUUUCCGUGUGUGAUUCAGAGGUGGGCCUCUUUUGUUUUAGAGUAGCUAGGAACUGGUGGUGUUAAGGACUGAAUUGUGUCUCCUUCGGAAUUCACAUGUUGAAGCCCUCACCCCCAAUACGACCGGAUUUGGAGACAGAGCCUUUAAAGAGGUAACCAAGGUUAAAUGAAGUCCUAAGGGUGGGACCCUCCUCCAGUAGGACCGCCUGUUGCUUAAGGCAUCCAGUCUGCAGUGUUUUGUUAUGGAAGGCUAAUACAGGUGGUGUAUUUCCAAUGCUUACAGUUGUCUUUUUAUUAAAAAAUUUUGUCUUUUUUUCCUCUUGCUAAUAAAACUGAUAUAUGUUCACUGUAGAUAUUUUAAGACAUACAGAAAUGCUCAAAGGUAAAAAUGCCCGUUCAGGUCACUGUUAACAUUUUAGUACAGACUCUUCUAGGUGUUUUGGGGAGGAGGGGCGGGGGUUGGAGGUGUGCGCCUAUUUCUGUAGAUGGGCUAAUUUGAAGUCCAGUUUAAAUUAAUAAAUCUGCUUCUUGUAUUUGCCUUCAAGCAAA